GGCCUCAGUGCGUUUACGAUGCUCUGGAUGGCCUUCUACUGGACGGCAGAGCCCAUUCCGCUUCCGGUGACGGCGCUCAUGCCGCUCGUGCUGUUCCCACUGUUCGGCGUGCUCACCACUGCCGACACUACGAAGACGUAUUUCAAUAACAUCGGCUUCGUCAUGUUCGGAUCGCUGGUGGUGGCAGCUGCUGUGGAAGUGAGCAACUUGCACCAGCGCCUGGCACUUGGAGCACUUCUGGCCGUCGGCACCAGCAACCGCAGGCUCCUGUUCGGUUUCAUGCUCGUCACGAUGUUCAUGUCGAUGUGGAUUCCGAACACAGCGUCCGCCUCCAUUAUGGUGCCCAUCGUCAUGGCUGUAUUGGAUCAUAUACAGGUCCUCACCAAGGAGACCGAUGUGACACUUGUGAGUCCCAUGAAGUCCCCAGACGAGCCUGCUCCUGUCCCAGCUGUCGAUGAGGCACUUCGAGCUGAGAACGAGUUGCGCGUGAUCCGGAUGCGCAAAGUUAUGCUGCUGUCAGUCGCCUAUGCCGCGAACAUCGGUGGCACGGGAUCGGUGAUUGGCACUGCGCCCAAUUUGAUCGUACAGGCACUGUACACCAAGCAGUUCAAGCAAGACGACCUCACCUUCCUCGCGUGGAUGUUGUACAACGUGCCACCAAUGCUGCUCUGCACUUUUCUGGCGUGGCUUUACACGCAGUGGAUCGUGGCCAAGCUGACACCAAAAGGCACGGAACAAGAAUGUCGCGAGAAGAUCAAGCAGGAACUCGAACGCCGCUACAGCAACCUCGGACCAAUGAGCUUUCGGGAGAGAGCGGUGCUGUUCCUGACCUGUGUGCUGAUCCUGCUGUGGCUCACACAGAACCCCCGAAUCGUUCCCGGUUGGGCCACUCUGUUCCCGUAUGGCAAGAGCAUCAAGUCGUGCGUGCCCGCGGUGUUGAUUACCAUAUUGAUGUUUGUGGUGCCGAAGGACCCGGUGCGCAGCUCCCAAAACUUGGGCCUCCUCACAUGGGAGGAGGCCAAUUCCAAAAUUCAAUGGGGCGUCGUGUUCAUCAUCUGUGGUGGCAUGACGCUUGCUGAGGCUUCCAAGGCGUCGGGUCUGUCUGCAAUCCUGGUGAGCAAGCUACGCGCCCUGAAGGUGAUGCCAAGCUACGUGGUGGUGUCCAUCCUCUGCUUCUCGGCCUCCAUCUUCACCGAAUUCACGAGCAACGCGGCAAUAAGUGCCAUAAUCCUACCCAUCGUUUUCGAGAUGGCCGUGGCACUUGAAGUGCACCCGCUGUACUUCGGCAUACCGGUGACCAUCGCCUGCUCGUUCUCAUUCAUGCUUCCGGCGGCCACGCCGCCCAAUGCCAUAGUCUUCGAGAGGGGCAACUUCAAGAUCUCAGACAUGGCUGCUCCGGGCUUCCUCAUGAACAUGAUGUGCGUCAUCGUGGAGCUCAUCAGCAUCCACACGCUGGGACCGCUCGUAUUCGGCGUGCACAGUUUCCCGCCCUGGGCGGCUCAGAACCACACCGAGACGCCGGCUCCUUCCGGAUGAGCUGAGCGCUCAUUAAACGGCCGCACGCGAUUUCUCGCGUGGUCUGACGUUAUAUAUCGCGAUCAAUAUUGUCGUUGCAUU